CCCUUCUUUGCAUCCUCUUUCUACAAAUCUUUCUUAUUCACUACAAAUCUUUUAGAAGCCAAAAAAAAACUUGUUUAGGUCGUCAAAAGGAUGAUUAUGGAUGAAUAUAUAGAGUUAAGACCAGUGAAGUACACCGAGCACAAGACAGUGAUCAAGAAGUACACUAAAAAGUUACCAGUGGAGAACAAGAAGAAGAUCAGUACUGGUCGUGACUCGGCUAGGUUGGUCCGUGUGUGUGUGAUGGACCGUGAUGCCACUGAUUCAUCAAGUGACGAUGAAGAGUCUUUGUUCCCAAGAAGACGUGUCAAGAGACUGAUCAACGAGAUCAGAGUCGAACCUAGCUCCUCCGGCGAAGUAAGUCUCUCCGUUGAGCCUCCGGUUCAGAAAGUCUCUGUUUCCGGCGUUGAACAAAACCCGAGGAAGUUCCGCGGCGUGAGGCGGCGACCAUGGGGAAAAUACGCGGCGGAGAUUCGCGAUCCUGAGCAACGCCGGAGGAUCUGGCUCGGUACUUUCUCAACGGCCGAGGAAGCUGCCAUGGUCUAUGACAACGCAGCAAUCAGGCUUCGUGGCCCUGAUGCUCUCACCAACUUCACUGUACCAACAGAGCCUGAACCGGAGAGUAACAUAUCGGUUUCUUUGACGUCAGAAUCAAUGGAUGAUUCUCAUCAUCUAGCAUCUCCCACAUCGGUUCUCAACUACCAAAUCUCCGAGCCGGCUGAUGAACCGGUCAAACCGGUUAAACAAGAGUUCCUUGAACCGGAACGAAUAAGUUGGCCAAUGAGAGAAGAUGUUGGUAGUAAUACUGAUGAUUCAUUUCCAUUGGACAUUUCAUUUCUAGACAAGUAUUUCAAUGAAUCACUGCCUGACACUUCUAUCUUUGAUCACUCCAUGUCUCCGACUCAGUCAUCAGACAAUGAUUUCUUCAACGGUCUCAUGAUAUUUGAUGAUAAAAUAGGAGGAGAAAACUAUUACUCUGAUAUCAAAGAGAUUGGUUCAGUGUUGAACGAUCUAGAUGAAUCUUUGAUUUCAGAUCUUUUAGCUGUUUGAUAUUUUUACAAAAUAAAAAAAAAAACAAGCAAACAUUGGUUGCAAAUAUGGGCAAUGUGAGUCGAAUUUUGUCUGAAGUUUAUUGAGUUUUGAUAAUGUUCCUUUUUGUUAUGUUUCUUGGCGUUAAAUGAUUUUGUUGAGAUGUAGUUUGAUGUUGGGUUGUCAUUGAGUAUGUAAAACAGUUUUGGGAGAAAUAUUGGGAAUGAA